AUGGGCGCGCACAUAUUGCACGCACCGCCGCAACGCCCAUUACAACCGCCGCACGCCCAUUACAACCGCCGCACGCCCAUUACAACCGCCACACGCCCAUUACAACCGCCGCACGCCCAUUACAACCGCCACACGCCCAUUACAACCGCCGCACGCCCAUUACAACCGCCACACGCCCAUUACAACCGCCGCACGCCCAUUACAACCGCCACACGCCCAUUACAACCGCCGCACGCCCAUUACAACCGCCGCACGCCCAUUACAACCGCCGCACGCCCAUUACAACCGCCACACGCCCAUUACAACCGCCGCACGCCCAUUACAACCGCCGCACGCCCAUUACAACCGCCACACGCCCAUUACAACCGCCGCACGCCCAUUACAACCGCCGCACGCCCAUUACAACCGCCACACGCCCAUUACAACCGCCGCACGCCCAUUACAACCGCCGCACGCCCAUUACAACCGCCGCACGCCCAUUACAACCGCCGCACGCCCAUUACAACCGCCGCACGCCCAUUACAACCGCCGCACGCCCAUUACAACCGCCGCACGCCCAUUACAACCGCCACACGCCCAUUACAACCGCCACACGCCCAUUACAACCGCCGCACGCCCAUUACAACCGUCACACGCCCAUUACAACCGCCACACGCCCAUUACAACCGCCACACGCCCAUUACAACCGCCGCACGCCCAUUACAACCGCCACACGCCCAUUACAACCCGCCGCACGCCCAUUACAACCGCCGCACGCCCAUUACAACCGCCGCACGCCCAUUACAACCGCCACACGCCCAUUACAACCGCCACACGCCCAUUACAACCGCCACACGCCCAUUACAACCGCCACACGCCCAUUACAACCGCCGCACGCCCAUUACAACCGCCACACGCCCAUUACAACCGCCGCACGCCCAUUACAACCGCCGCACGCCCAUUACAACCGCCACACGCCCAUUACAACCGCCACACGCCCAUUACAACCGCCGCACGCCCAUUACAACCGCCACACGCCCAUUACAACCGCCGCACGCCCAUUACAACCGCCGCACGCCCAUUACAACCGCCGCACGCCCAUUACAACCGCCGCACGCCCAUUACAACCGCCGCACGCCCAUUACAACCCUUUCGUGGGCGUGGUUAAUAACCCAACAAGCCUGGACAAUCUCUAACUGGCUUGGCACUCAGGGAGAUGCCCAAGUGCCAAUCAUCUCUACCAUCACUUGUCGUGGUAAACAGUAUGAUCGCCGGCAUUCAGAGACAUCUUAA